AUGCAUGUUCAUCAGACGGCGCUGUCCUCAACCGAAGCCACACCUGUUGCUGCUCUCAGAAGCCACACCUGUCGCCGCCAUCCGAAGCUACACCUGUCGCCGCCCUCAAGCCACACCUGUCAUCCCUCAGAAGCCACACCUGUCAUCCCUCAGAAGCGACACACCUGUCAUCCCUCAGAAGCCACACCUGUCAUCCCUCAGAAGCGACACCUGUCAUCCCUCAGAAGCGACACACCUGUCAUCCCUCAGAAGCGACACACCUGUCAUCCUCAGUCAUCCCUCAGAAGCGACACACCUGUCAGAAGCGACACACCGUCAUCUCUUGUCAUCCCUCAGAAGCCACUGUCAUCCCUCAGAAGCGACACACCUGUCAUCCCUCAGAAGCGACACACCUGUCAUCCCUCAGAAGCCACACCUGUCAUCCCUCAGAAGCGACACACCUGUCAUCCCUCAGAAGCGACACACCCGUCAUCCCUCAGAAGCGAUACACCUGUCAUCCCUCAGAAGCCACACACCUGUCAGCCCUCAGAACGCACACCGCCUCGCUUCUCUCAGUGUUAUUGUUCUCCGCCGUCUCCCUGUUACAUAAUCGUCUCCUAA